CAGUUUACAACAGUGUGCGUCCGUGCGCGUGGUGGGAACGGUAGCAAGAUGGCGGCGCUGAAGGAGGAGCAGUGCUACGGACUGUCCUGUGGAAGAGUGAGCAACGGCAGCAAUGUCUCCGUCUUUCACGUUAAACUCACUGACAGCUCACUGAGAGCGUUUGAAGGCUAUCGGAGCAGCAAGGUGCUGUCAUUACAACCGUUGAUCAGAUUUAAUGGAAAUCAAGGGAAAAUUUCAAUACCACGGUCAGAAAAUUCCAGUGAACUGCAAACGUUUACUUUCUACCUGUCAAAUGUGGGCAGAGAUAACCCCCAGGGCAGCUUUGACUGCAUCCAGCAGUACAUCACCAGUGAAGGGAGCAUUCAGUUGGAUUGUUUGGGUGGGAUCCAGGACAAGAUUACAGUAUGUGCUACAGAUGACUCGUACCAGAAGGCCAGGGAAAGCAUGGCCCAGGUUGAGGAGGAGACGCGCAGUAGGAGUGCCAUUGUCAUCAAACCAGGGGGAAGAUAUGUAGGCAAAAAGGUUCAGAUACGGAAACCAGCACCUGGCCUCUCAGACAUCGCUCCAUUGCGGCGAACAUCUCGGCCCGUCAUCAUCUCUAGCAAUUCCCUAAAGAAAGGUGCGAUUCAGAACCGGCCGCUGCGAGAGCGCCUCAUACACUUGCUGGCCCUAAAGCCGUACAAGAAGCCUGAGCUGAUCCUACGGUUGCAGAAAGACGGCCUCACACCAUUAGACAAAGACUCCCUGGACAGCCACCUGCAACAGGUGGCAAACCUCAGUGGGAGAGACGGCACCUUCACAUUGAAGGAUUUUUUAUACAAGGAAAUACAGAAGGAUUGGCCUGGCUACACAGAAGGAGACCAGCAGCUUCUCAAGAGAAUCUUGUUUAGGAAGCAAUGCCAGACCCAGAACAGCUCUGCGCCUCCACCAGAGAGCCCCCCCAAAGAGCUGUCCAGCAGCUCCCCCUCUCAGAAACGACCUGCUGCUGACUUCAUUGACCCUCUUGCCAACAAAAAGCCCAGAAUAUCACACCUCGCCAGCAAGGCUGCAACAGCCCCAGUUAAUGGCAAGUUCAGCUCCUCCGACGGGAAAGGAGAGGCAGGAGGAGCACAUGUGGAGGUGGUUUCGAUGUCAGACAGCAGCGUGACUUCCAGCUCCCAGCAGCUAUCUGUGCUGGACAUCCCUCGUCCUUUUGAAGCACUGUCAGAUGUCAGCAAUGACUCCAGCCACAAUGGGAGAGACUGUGACUCUCAGGAAACAGCAGUAUCUGACAGGCUCAGCCAACCUCCUUCACUCUUUUCUGUGUCAGCGGUGCUCACUGCACCCAGCAUCAGCACAUCUUCUCCUGGACACUCGCUCCUGGACGGUCCCCGGGAUAAGGGUCUUUCGUCCUCAAACAGCAAAUCCAAGAAGAAGUCGAAAAAGCAUAAAGAGAAGGAAAAGAGCAAAGGCAAGGAGAGGGUAAGAGAAAAGGAGCAAGAGAAGGGGAAGGAGAAGAGUCAUGCGGAAUGUUUGCCUGAGCCUAAUAAAGCCUGUGAGAUAAGCCCUGGGAACCUCAAAAGCAACAGUAUUCCACAGAAAAGCACAGAUCUGAAUGGAAUGUGCAACAAUAUCAGUAUCUCUUCAUCAUCACCUGAGGUGGCAGACUACUCAUUGAAUUACACAGUAAUUGGCUCUCCAGAGCAGCGCCAGAGGUAUAAAAACGAUUUCAACGCCGAGUACAGCGAGUACCGGGGUCUGCAUGCUCGGAUAGAGGGCAUCACUCGGCAGUUCACUGUGCUGGACAAUGAGCUCAAACAACUCCAACAUGGCACAGACAAGUAUAAGACAAUCCACAAUCAGAUUCUCCAAGAGUAUCAUAAAAUAAAAAAGACUAAUCCAAACUAUAGCCAAGAGAAGAACCGCUGUGAAUAUCUACACAACAAACUGGCACAUAUAAAGAGACUUAUCGCUGAGUACGAUCAACAGCAACUCGAAAAGUAGUCGUUGGACAUUGUUUCCCUGUUAUCUCUGGAAACCAUGCAGAUAAAGGAAAACUCUGGAUUCCACUUUGUGCUAAAGAAAUGUUCUCAUGAAAGAUGCCAUGACAGGAGCGUUUCCCUCAUUGCAACCAAAGGCUUCAGUGAGGACUGAGCAGGACACAUGAUCUGUUUCUCGUUCCUUUUAUUUGUUUCUCCUCCUCCUUUUGGGACUGGACCCAGCGUGGCCAGGUCCAUAAGUGUAGUUGCAAUGCAUUCAGAAGGAAAGGUUUUGUGGCUUUGUCUUUCUCAACAGCCCAUCCUGCUUUAAGUGCGCGGUGGUUUGAAAGAGGCAGUAUCUUGGAAAUAAACCGUUCCUACUUUUGAAACUGGAAGGAAGGGGACACUGAGAUGAAUACUGCUGAUUUUAAGCCAAGAGCAACUCAUUUUGUUUUUGUGAAAAGAAAAAUUAAGUUAUCAUGCAUCUGUUUUCCCCCAUAUACUGAAACUAAUAUUGUGAUGUUUAGUUUUCUGUCUUCCUUUCUUUUUAUUUAUUUUGACACUUAACUGUGGGGAAUGAAUCAUGUUUUACACUCCUCAAUACCAGUACCUAAAAGCUGUCUCUUAUCUUUGAGUCUUGAUUGUCACACAGUAUUUUACUCAGAAGCUGCCUUGCCCAUAUAAUCGUCAGAUCCGUUGGCGUUCAUAAUUAUGUCUCUUGGUCUAAGAGAUGCAGAUAUCACUCUUGGUGAAAUCAUAACCAAUGCCUCUUAAUGCACAUGGUCAGUCGCACAUUUGUGCACCUGGCUAUUCUUUUCUAGCACCAUGUGCAGAUGUCUUAAUAAUGGGGACGUGUGAAAGUUUCCGGUCGUGUCCCGAGCUGCAGGUUUCCCGUGAACGGUCCCCUGACUCAUUCACGAUAAUAUUCACGAUUCUGCAGUUUUCAUCAUAGCUUAUCUCUAUUAAGAUCUUCAUUGUGAUGAUCUUCUUUGUGAUGCUUUUUGUAGCAAAAGAAUAAUUCAAAGAUAUCUCGAGAGAUAAUUGACCGCUCUACACUUCAUCACCAACUAUGGGAGAUCCUCUAAUUGUAAGAUGAUGCAGAUGGGAGAUUCAGAUCUGUGUUGUUGUUUUUUUCUUUCAUCUUCUAAGUGUUUAAAAAAAAGUCUAGGUUCAUCCACAGAUCUGAUAUCUCUUUUGUUAUUAUUAUUAUUAUUAUUAUUAUUGCUAGUUUUAGUUAUGUUUAAAACAACAGUGUUUUGGGUUUUUUGUCUGCUCAUCGCCCCUUAUGGUAGAACAUUCAAGACGACUGUUAAGAUGAAGCCAUGGUUGAUCGUUCUCUGAGUGGAGAGCAGCUCAGAAGACUUGUGACCACUUUUUGCCUUUUCAAAUGUGAUGUCAGAUAUUAAGCGGAGGGAGAUGCGAAAACAGCAUCACCCUGAAGUGUCGCGUCAUGACGGAUUUAAUCGACGUAGCCGCAGACAAAUUAGAAAUGCUGUACCAGAAGUUGAGCGCAGUCACCUUAAGUAUUUCUUAUAUCGAUCUUUUUAUGUGAACAUGAAAAAUCAGCACUUUUUUGUCUAAAUGACACUUUUCUCUUUGUCCAUCAGAGUGCAUGCUUUAUGAAUGUGUUACAAUGAACAGUCUUUGUGUCUUUACUUGAAAACAAAUACAAGAGAAACUGCCCAAGGAGAUCACAGUCCAACCAAGUUAACAUGUAAUCAUUUGACAUGGAUCUGACCUGCAGAUUUACCAAAGUGUUGACCAAGAUGAAGAUGAAAUGUGACGCUCAACCAAAUUCUCUAGUUUGUGUUCUCACUUCUUUUGUCUGUUUUCUUGGAAGAAGUCAGAGGAGGCUCCGUUUACUUCAGACAGGAUUUGCAUGACUGGGCUCAAGUGUUGUUAACAUUAAAGCCUGACAACAUUAUGUCAGGCUUUAAAAUGAUAUCACUGUCCCAUUUCAAACACUACAUGCAGGCCAGUGCUCUGAGGCUCGUCACACGCUGACUACGUUGUUCGAGACCAAGACUGGAUCUGGGACUUGAUGAAAUGACACUCGCCCAGUACUGCAACCUUGAUUCUCACUGUCAUUAUUUACUGUAAACACUCAGACAUAAUUAUUGCAUUACACCCCUUUUAUGGUCACAAUCCAUGGUGAGUGAGUUCAUUAGUAAACACAUUUUUGCUGUGAUGGAGAACAAACUGUUGGAAAGUCAUGAAAUGCCAGCACAGGAGUACAGUUGUAUGAAUUGUGCCAAAAUGAUGUGUUGUAUAGGUUUUUUUGUUUUUUUUUCCUUUUCUUUUCUCUGAGUAUAUACAUGCUGCUGUAUUAGCAAAGAGGGCGUUGGAGAAGAGUCAUGAAAUGUUGAUGCUAAUACCCAAAGCAUGCUUUUUGAAAACCAUAAGGGAACGGGACUGAAAUUGUUUCAAUAAAAUUCUUUAAAAUCCUUA